CCGGCGUCGGAUCGGAGCCGAGCCGGCGGGACGCAGUGGCCCAGCCCUGCUCCCGGAGCGAGGCAAUGGCCUCACAGCCUGAGAAGCGGGUCGCCUCGUCCGUCUUUAUCACCCUGGCACCCCCACGUCGAGAUGAGGCUGUGGCUGAGGAAGUGAGGCGGGCAGCUUGCGAGGCCCGGCCUGGCCGCCCCUGGGAACCUCCUGCCCCCACGAAGGCGCCUGGAGCCGGCUCGGCGGGGAGGCCCAGCCCCUGGGCACCGUCUGGCAGGGCUGCGGCCACGGUGCCCGCUGCCCCCUCUCAGCUGUCCAAUGGAGGCCGUUCUCUUCCGCCUCCUUCCCGGGAUGGCGAGGAUGCUCUCCCGGACCUGGACCUCCUCCCACCUCCGCCGCCCCCACCCGCAUACCUGCCUCCCCCUGACGACGAGCCCCCAGCCCCGGUGGGGGCUGAGCUCAUUUCUGACUUAGAGCAGCUACACCUGCCCCCACCCCCACCACCAUCACAGUCCCUGGCAGAGGGGCCUCCGUCCCAGCCUGGGCCCAGUCGACUCAGGCCCGCAGAGGAGGAGCUGCCGCCUCCCCCAGAGGAACCUGUUGGCUUCCCGGAGAGAGAGGCGUCCACAGACGUCUGUGCCUUCUGCCACAAGACUGUGUCCCCCCGAGAGCUGGCUGUGGAGGCCAUGAAGAGGCAGUACCACGCCCAGUGCUUCACGUGCCGCACCUGCCGCCGCCAGCUGGCCGGGCAGAGCUUCUACCAGAGGGACGGGAGGCCCCUCUGCGAACCCUGCUACCAGGACACCCUGGAGAAGUGUGGCAAGUGUGGCGAGGUGGUCCGAGAACACAUCAUCAGGGCCCUGAGCCGGGCCUUCCACCCAACCUGCUUCACGUGUGUGACCUGUGCCCGGUGCAUCGGGGAUGAGAACUUUGCCCUGGACAGCCAGAAUGAGGUGUACUGCCUGGACGACUUCUAUCGGAAAUUCGCCCCUGUGUGCAGCAUCUGUGAGAAUCCCAUCAUCCCCCGAGACGGCAAGGAUGCCUUCAAGAUCGAGUGCAUGGGAAGAAACUUCCAUGAAAAUUGCUACAGGUGCGAGGACUGCAGGAUCCUCCUGUCCGUGGAGCCCACGGACCAAGGCUGCUACCCGCUGAACAACCGUCUCUUCUGUAAGCCGUGCCAUGUGAAGCGGAGCGCUGCGGGGUGCUGCUGAGAGCACCCACCGCUAGCCCCGGUCGGGGUCCCUUCCCUGACUCAGUUUCCCUUCCUGGCCUGCUCUUGCACAGUUUCCUUCCGAGCCACUACAGGGACCGGCCCAUCACGUCUGGGAUGCAGGGCUGAGCCGCCCCAGCCCCAGCCUCCUCCCAGCUCAGCGGUGGGUGGCUGUACACGGUGCCCCUCGGACUGUCCCCUCUUCCUUCCAUCCUCUGGGCGCGGGGUGUCUCUACACCAUGAGCAUCGCACCUGGGUGCUCAUGUCCGAGGCUCUGGUCGCUCUUGUGUGCUGGCCUUGACCCCCCAUUUCCAGGAGUGAGUUGGGGCGAGUUUCGGGUGGCCCUGGGUCCCUAGCAAUGACACUUUAGCUGUCCCGUAAGGGUGCUGAGAUCAGGCCUGGCUUGCAGGACUGAGCCAUUUGAGUAAAACUCCAAGGUUCCUUAAAAGGCGCUUUUUUAAAAAAUUUAAAUGAUGGGAAACAUUCUUUGGAUUUUUUUUUUUUGGGGGGGGUGUUGUAUCUUAAUAGGAAAUGUCUCCCAUUUGUUCAUAAAUGUACGAGAAUGGGACCCGGUGGUGCAUGGCCGUGGACGUCUCACCCGGGGGACGUGGGGCCCCGGCCCAGCUGUGAACCUAGGACGGGGGCAGGAGGAAAGGGUGACAUGUGCUGACACCCAAGGACGUUGGCCACGCUCCACCCUGCCGCCUGGUGCUCCUGUGGGCGAGGCAGCUGACCUUGACCGGGUGCCUGUUUGCCGGGGAACAGGGUGCAGGUGCUCUGGGCGUUCCUCCUGCAGCCUUGACGGGGGCUGUGCACACCCGCCCCCCCCCCCAC